AUGGCUGAUCUGCAACAGAACUUUGGAGCUCAACUAACCGAUGAAGUUAAAACCAACAUCAUUGACAUAUUAGACCGCUACUCAGAAGUUUGGCAAACCACUAGAGUUGCCUGCUCGAAGAACUUUAUCUACAGAAUAGAUACCGGAAAUGCGAGUCCAAUUGUUGAACCUCACAGACACUUUGCACCAAAGACCCUAGAAGAACUAAAACGUUUAACGCGUGAUCUAUUACAAGCCGGGGCCGUGAGAAGGUCCAAUUCUAAUUGGCUCUCACAGCCUGUAAUCGUAUCAAAGAAGGACGGAUCUAGUCGGCUGUGCGUUGAUUUUAGAUCGUUAAACGCCGUGACUAAGGCCGACCCAUUUAACGCGCCAGAUGCUGCAGCAGUAAUAAGACAGCUUGGACAUGCGAAGAUCUUUAUAGUUAUGGACCUCAAGAAUUCGUUCAACCAAAUGCGAAUACAUCCAGAUGACAGAUGCAAAACAGCAUUUUGGACGCCACUUGGUCAAAUGGAAUGGCUUGGAGUACCCUUUGGUUUGCUGAAUGGUACUUCAGCUUUGGCCAGAUGGCUAUACUUAAACGUUAUUGAUUUAGAAGGUGUCGCCGUUUAUGUUGACGAUAUUGUAAUUCAUGCAGAUGACGAAACUACCUUACUGAAAUACUUUGAGGCUAUGAUGAAGCGUUUAGCUGAGAUAGGAGCCUACAUCAACGUAACAAAGUGUAAGUUUGGUGUAGAGGAAAUAGAGUUUCUCGGAUUCAAUAUCAAAGGUGGACGACUCACUCCUCCCACAGAGUCGGUCAAGGCAAUAAAUGCCAUUAAACUACCAUAUGAUACAACUACCGUCCGACGAUUCCUAGGUAUGGUUGGCUACUUUCGCAAUUUUAUCAAGGACUUUGCCAAGAUAGCUGGACCUUUAUACGAGCUGUUACAGAAGGAUGUUCCAUUCAAGAUGACCGAUGAAAGAAUAGCAUCAUUUCAAGAAUUACAGAAGGCGUUAACUGAAUGUCCUGGCCUGGCGAAUCCUCACCAUUCGUGGCCAUAUGUCCUGGACACUGAUGCCUCUACUACUGCAAUUGGUGCCUGUCUAAUGCAACUCGAUGAACAAAAAAUUGGCCAAUCUACGAACUUGAAGGUUUCGCGGUAG